AUGAAAAAUCGUACGCUAAUCAGCAGUUGGGCAUUGUGCACUGGAGAGAACAUUUUGAAUGUAGUUCAAAUCAGUGCUGUUACAAUUGGUGGCGCAUCAGCAACUGUUGGUGCAGCUGACAGUUUCUCGCAAUGCGGUGGAUACGGUUCAUUUACACGAUGGCAAGGUAUGCCAACGGAUCAGAUUCUUGAAUUUGAUGUUAUCUUACUGGAUGGACGACGAGACAACGUCAAUGCUUGUUAA